AUGACGGCCAGGCUCACAGCAGCUGAGGAUGGAGGCGGCGGCGCUUCAUCCGCAGCAGUGUCCCAGUUCUGGGAGGAGGUGGAGCCUGGCAUAUACAGCGUUUGUUUUGGGGACAGCAGGCUGCUGGAAGGCAGGGCAUCAGGGGCCAUGCAGAGGCAUGCAUGGGCGGACCCACUGCUAGACAAUCUGGCGGGCUACCAGCGCCCUAGCAGCCUCAUCGCCCCUCAGCCCGAUGUCAAGGACGAGGACAGAGCACUCGCAUUUGAAUGCGCAGCUGACAAGGUGUUGGAAGCGCUGCAGAACGCUGUGGCUCUCCGCUGCAAGUGCAUCGACAUGCCAAACGGCCUGCACUGGGAUUCAGCAGCUCAGGAUGGCUUGGCGCCUGCUCCUGUGCUCGUCCUAUUCUCGGGAGGAGUUGACUCCACACUUCUGGCGACCUGCGCCCACAUGGCGCUGCCGCCAGACACCCCCAUAGACCUGGCCUCCAUCUGCUUUGACGGAGGCAAUUCCCCUGACAGGAUGUCUGCUUUGGAUGCGUUUGAGGAGCUGAAGGCGUUUGCGCCAGUGAGAGAGUGGCGCCUCAUUCUGGUGGAUGCCGGCUUGGAGGACGUGGACCGCAACAGGCUCCACAUCUUGGACCUGUUGCGGCCGUCUGAGAGCGUGAUGGACCUCAACAUUGGAGCUGCCCUGUGGCUGGCCGCUCAGGCAGAGGGGCCCCUGCUCCUCCACAGUCCCGGCCGCCCCAGUGCAGCGUCCCCCAGAACCAGCAGCGCAGCCGCUCCAGCUGACAAGGAGCCCACAUGCAGCCCGCCAGAGCACUCUCAGGGCAGCCGGACCGGUAGCAUAAGUGACGCAGAGGCAGAGAGGAGUGAGCAGCCGUCCAGCAGAGGGGAGGCAGCCAGCAGUGCCCUUCAGGAGGGGGAUCCGAGCCAGGUUAGGAGCGGCAUGAAAGAGGGUAGGCGGUACAGGAGCCGCGCGCGUGUGGUGCUGCUGGGCCACGGCGCGGACGAACUGUGCGCCGGCUAUGGGCGCCACCGUACCAGGUUCCGCUCUCACGGUUGGGAGGGCCUGUCGGCGGAGCUGGCGCUGGACGUGGGGCGGCUGUGGCGGCGCAACUUGGGCCGAGACGACCGCAUCAUCGCCGACGUCGGCCGCGAGGCGCGCCACCCCUUUCUCGACGAGGCCUUCGUCGCCACACUGCUGGCGGUGCCGCUGCCGCUCGUUGCGGACCUGCAAGCGCCACCCGGCGCCGGCGACAAGAUGCUGCUGCGCGCCGCGUUGCGGAGGCUGGGCUUGAAAAGGGCCUCAGUGCGCGUGAAGCGAGCCAUCCAGUUUGGGAGCAGGCUGAGCAGGCAGGCCAACGUGCGCGACUUUGGCAGCAACCGAGCCGCCAAUAUGGCCAAAGCCGGCGGCCUGCACCUGUCUGAUGUGCCUAAGGGAAACGGUCGUGCUUGA